ACCAUAACUUCCAAGCUCCAAGACGCCGGCUACACAGUCCACAGUCGCCAACUCCCUGCUGUUGGCAAUCCUAAACCAUGUUCUGACCUGUCAGAAGACAUUGCAGCUGUUCGCUCUCUAGUUGAGGAAGCAAUCAGCGAGGGCAAUGACGUUGUUGUAGUGCCACAUAGCUGGGCUGGUGUCGUCGCUGGGAGUGCUUUGGAAGGACUGGGGAAGAAGGAGAGGGAGGCUGCAGGGAAGAAAGGUGGUGUAGUGAGGGCGGCGUAUAUCGCUGCGUUUAUACUGCCUGAAGGGGUCAGUUUAAAGGAUACUUUACCUGGCAUCCCCGAUUGGUGGGACAUUGAUGGACCGCACAUUCGCGCUACUGAUCCUCGUAUCUUCUACAACGACCUGGACGAGUUCGAGCAAAAGAAAUGGCUCUCUCAGCUUCAGACGCAAAACUUGGCCACCAUUUACGCGCCUACUACCGCGGCGUCUUGGAAAGAGAUACCUACCUCGUAUCUUUUAUGCGAGGAUGACCAGGCGGUUCCGGCGUCUGGUCAAGAGGCUAUGACUAGUAGCGUCAAGGAGAUGGGCGGUGAGAUUGAGGUUACGCGGCUCCAGGCUGGCCAUAGUCCGUUUCUAAGUAAGCCUAAUGAGACGGUUGCGUGGAUCAGGAAGGUCGCUGGGGAG